ACCAACGCAAUUGUAAGCACAUCGGACCGAAGACAAAAAUGCCCGUCAAGAAAGGGUGAAAAGAGACUUGAUAUUUACCUCAGGAAGACCACAUUUCCCUUUGUGGUCAUAUGGCGAAAGACCUUCAGCAUAAUUCACAGACAUUUUCGAUAUACAUUCAUGAAAUUCAGAUGAGAAAAAAGCUGAAAGUAAAAGCUUGCUAAUUUCUUUCCGUGUCAGUGCAUGCAGUCUGCAGACAGUGCAGUGUCCGAGGAAGUGCGACGUCUGGAUCGGGCCUGUCGAUCAAUCAAGCAGAAGUUUUCCUGGGCUGAAGCAAAAUAUCCUCUGCCACAUCGGAAAGAAACUGUUGUUGUUGGUGAAGAAAACCCAAGGCUGAAUUACUGUAUUCACUUCUACACUGUGGAUGCUAGAACAAGAGGUGAAACCUAUAUAAAAAAAAUCUGCAGUAAAGCUAACUAUUCCAUCCCUUCUCUCAUCAACUUAAACUUGAUUUCAACAGCAACAUUAAAACAACUUGUUGAGACUUGUACAUUUUAUUAUUUAUAAAACAGAAUUCAAAGCAAAAACUUUUUGAAAAGAGCAGUGGUUAUAUGUAAUAAAACAUACAGCUGUACUGCAAAUUAUACUGCAGCUUGAAAGAAAUAGGAAUGAGCAAUUGAUAGGAGAGUGAUAGGUUUUUCUGGAACACUGAGGAGUCUGCGACACCAAUCAUGCCUAAGAAGAUGAAAGGAGAGAAUUCAAAAGCUGUGGACGCCAGGGCUAGGAAGGCCGAAGCCAAGGCUGUAGCGGCUUCACAGAAAGAGAAAGAGGUUGAAGAUGCUUACUGGAAAGAUGAUGAUAAACAUGUCAAUCGGAAAAUGCAAAGAAAGGCUGGGAAAGAGCAGAAGCGACAGGAAGAACUUGCAAAAAAGCAAGAAAAGAAGAAGCUUCUAGAAGAAGAAGAAAGUAGUAUCAAGGUCAAAACUCCAAGUGGAAAAGGUGGAUCAGCAAAGAUGACAAGAGCACAGGUUGAGGCAAAUAGAGAAAGGAUGGAACAAGAGAGGGCUGAAGCAGGUGCUGAAUCUAAGAAGCAGGCGUCUCACCUUGAUGCCCCAUUGGAAGAGAAUGUCAAUAUUAGAUUAGCUCAAGAUCAACAAGAUGGAGUUGUAUCAGCCAGGGAUGUUGGGGAAGCCAUCUCGGCUCUGAGUUUGAAGGAAGCAGAGCUUGAAAAGCACCCUGAGAAGCGUGUGAAAGCAGCGUAUGCAGCAUACGAGGAGACGCAGCUACCGAUCCUCAAGGCUGAGAAUCCUAAUCUUAGGCUGUCACAACUCAAACAGAUGCUGAAAAAAGACUGGAUGAAAUCACCAGAAAACCCUAUGAAUCAGAGAUUUCAUAAUUACAAUGCCAAGAAGUAGAUAUUGGAUGCCUGAUGAGAAGCCAGGCUGCCAUCCAUAUGCUUUUAAGUUGCUUGGUAGUAUCUUAAAGAGAUCCGUCGGCACCAAAAGAUUCUACGGUGGCAUUGAUUGGCGAAGCAGUCAGCCGGUUACAGAUGUUGGAUCCAAGUUUCAAUCUGAGCUAAAAGUUGUCAUGCAGAGAAAUCAAAUAUAUUGUGAGAGUAUCUAGUCAAGGAUUAUGAUGCAAAGAAUACAUUUGUACUUGAACUUUGUUAGGAUCGAGUUUGUUGAAUAUAGAUAUUUUAUCUUUAAGAUAUAUAUAAAAAAGAAAGAUCAGAGAUGAAAUCUUUGUGACAUUUAUUUGUCAGAUGAUCUUUGAAGGUUGGUAUGGUGAAUCUGAUGAAGAGGUUUAGUGGUCACGAUGUGGUAACCCUGAAAAAUCCUGUUGGGUUUAGGAAUUAUAAGUCAAAAGCUAAUUAAAUUAUGAGAAAUGGACUUUUACCAAACAAGAUGUGGAGAGGCUAAUCUCUUGCUUCAAGUUCUCUGCAUUUCAUUUCAAGAAAGAAUACCUUAUUUGACAUGUCUCAACAUACACAAAGAUACAACCGAGCAAUUUUACAGCAUUUCUGGGAAACGCUUCAUUAAUUCUGCGUUAUAAUUCUAAAAAAAAAAACUUAAAAAAUUUCAAGCACUGAUGAGUCGUUAGGUCACAAUAUAUUCCUUAAAAUUAUGGGCAUGCACUAUUUUAUACAUUUCCUGCAGAAAAUGGUUGUGACCCGAUAAAUGUUUCUUUAGAAGGACCCAUAUAUUGUAUGUUUCAAUUACUUUUGAAAUAUUCAUAAUUUGGAUUGCAACAUCAACUUUGUUUGAGCCAAACAAAAUUAAAUAUGAAUUCGUUUUAUUUACAUGUAGGUUAAUCAAUCAUUUGCAUAUUGAAGUUUUAACUAAACUACAAUAUUCAUUUUAUACAUUUCACUUGAAAUAAACAGUGAAAAGUACAUGUAUGGUAAAUUCAUUCCAGUUUAAGCAUGUAUCUUAUGAAAAUUCUUUGUAAUCAGGACUGGAAUUUUCCCCUUCAUUUCAAUAUUCAAGGGUAAAUUACAAUACAUGAUUUGAGUUUCACUCUUAUUCAAUCAUGGAAUUUUGUUAGGUUAAUUAAAAAUAAGCUUUUUAUAUGUAUUUAUGUUGAUUCUUAAUUAAAUUGCAAUGAAUUUUUAUUAGAGAAGGGUUGCAAGUGGCACUAUAAUUUCCUAAAAAAGCAAGUGCUUUUAGUAUUGCACAUGUUCUGGAAGUCUGUUAUCUAUUCAGGCAACUCCAAAUUUAAAUCCAAGUGAAUUACACUACUCCAUGUGCUGCUGCCAAAACAGAAGAGAGUGAGUUCCUUGUUAAACAUUUUUUUUUUAAUGUUGGGUGCUACUGCUAUAAUAGCCUGUACAAUGUGCAUGUAUAUGGAAUUUGAUUUGAAUACUUGUAUUUUCUCUAUAAACCAAAUUUAAACAAAUUUUACGACCCUACAAUGGCAUCUUCCUUUUUGGCAUUACAAUACAGUACCAGACUACCAGUAGUCUCUGUUAACAAUGAGGAAUGCCCUCAUUCUCAGCCUAUUUUUUAUUUUAUAUAUUUUCAAUACAAGACUAUGAGAGGGUACAAAAUCUUUAAAAGAAAACAUGGUAUAGUUUAAUAUAAUUAAAUUGACCACAUUUUGAAAUUACUUUACAUAUCAUCCAUUAGCUGUAUUUAUUUAGCGAUCAUUUCUUUAUGGAAUUAACAUUAUGUUAGGACUUUUCAGGUCAAUGAUUAUAUGCCUAUGGAAAGUACAUGUAUGAAUGUACAUAUGUAUGGUAUGUAAAUUGAUUUUAUGUAAAUGUGCAUGUCUACAGAAUAUCAGGCCAAAAAUUGGCAUGGAUUAAAGUUCUUCUUUCAAUAAACAUUGGAAACAUAA